GCUCGACAGGAGGCUCUCUCGUCUGCUGCUCCUCGUUCCCAACAGCGUAAUGGCCAGAACUGGGCCUGCAACCUGCAACCUGGACGCGGAGUGGACUCGGUACCUGGUUGGCCCCUGUGUGCUCUACAAGAACUGUCCGACUACUUUUGCGCACGAGCAUCGGCUCUUGGGCGUGAGCGAGAGCGAGAGCGAGGGAUGUGUUGAUGCGUUUCCCUGCAAGGCAUUGGAGCCUUAAACGAAGCUGCAGCGGUGCGGAUUGCUGUGGCCUCGAAUUUUUUUUUCCAGAUUUUCCGCAAUUUUUCGCCUGAGAUUGCCGCGUUCUUGAGGCCGUCCGGAAGAAGGAUUUCGGCCCAACCAGUGAGUUGAGUGAGUGAAGGAGUGGGGGGCGGGGAGAGGAUUUUCGCAGGGUUUGUGUUCAUUAGUGUUGCUUUCUUCGCUGUACACCUGUUGUACUCCCGCCUCGCCUCGCCUCUGCGUCCACAUUGCAUCGACUCUGUCUCUCUGUCUCUCGCUCCACCUCUCCAGCGCUCGCUCGGCCUCUCUCUCUCUCUCUCUCUCUCUCUCUCUCUCUCUCUCUCUCUCUCUCUCUCUCUCUCUCUCUCUGCCUGCCUGCAUUUCGGGUUUCUUUUUAAAUUGCCUCGGGGUUUUACUUUAUUAUUUUUUCUUCCCUUUUAUGUUUUGAGCUCCAGGUCGUCGUUGAGGCUCUGCUCUGCUUCGCGCUGCGUCUCUUCGGGGCAAUUGUUUCGAGCUUGAUUUCGGUUCGGCCCUUGCGUGGCUUGGGCAGCGCAGGGAUCACUCUGCGGUGAGCCAUAUUUUUGGCUACCAACCUUCAUUUCGUCGACGCAAUUUUACUAUUUAUCUGGAGGACCUUCAAGAAGUGGCAAGAUGGUGGGGGUAACGACGGGAAGCCGUUUUUUGGCGUCGGCGCCCAUGGACCUGGACCUCCUGUGCAAGGGUCAGCAGACAGCGUUUGACGUCUUUGUUUCGCACCUUGCAACGCUCAAAGACUCCACCGUGGAGAGCUCUCUGAUUAAGGCGGUUAUAUUCAUGCAAGAUUUCUUUCUCUUGCGGUUCAAGCACCGGAAGUUGCCCUCCUCUUCAAUUCCGCAGAAAAGCUGCGGCGUCGAAAGCGCGUCGAGAAUGAAAGGUGGAGACUUAGAACAGUGGGAGGGCGAGGCCUACACCGUCUACAUCAACCUGCUUCUGGAGCUCAUGAUCAAGGAAGGAGUGUCGUCCUCUGUGCACGUACAAGUCGUGAGGACCCUUAUGGAGUUUGUUCGGGUGGAAACCCCAGGGAGUUUCAACCAUGCCUUAUUCGGGAAGUUAAUAAAGGCUCUGGUAACUGCCAACCAUUCAAUUUCCAACAUCGUGGCUGUUCUGGAAUCAGAAUAUUUUCAGUAUGCAGAUGUGAGCUUGCAAAUGUUCGCCAGGAACCUGUACGAGAUUCUGUCACAUCUACCUACAGCCUUGAAGGGUGACUCAGGCAGUGAAGUGACACUGACAAGCAACACGCUUUCUGAAGCGGAAUCCAUCGCCAUUGAGAAAAGGAAAGAUGCCUCGAUUCAAAAGGAAGCUUUUAUGAAAAGUUGGAAGUCCUGUAUCAAGCUUUCUCAACCUCUCAGCAUUCAAAAGAAGAAUCAUGGAGAUAUGCUGUCACGCGUUCUGUCCAUCACAUCCAGAAGUUGCGCCAUUGCUGCCCCCGACUCCUUCCUGACUUCUCUGGCAGAUGAGGUCGAUGAGAGGUUGAUGCAACUGGCCGCCUGCAAAGACUCUACAACAGAUGAGCUCUUUCCUGUGAAAGGACUCAAGUGUGGAAGAACUAUUGAAGCCGCCGAUUUGAUGGUUUCUGCUGCUCGAGGUAAAGAGGAUGAUGAUGAUGACGACGACGAUGAUGAUGACGAUGAAGAUGAGGAUGAGGAUGAAGACGAUGAUGACGACGCCAAGGAUGUUGGGGGCGAAGACGAUGAUGUAGAAGGUGAGGAAGGGGAGGAGGAAGGUGAAGACGAAGAGGAGGACGACGAUGGUGAAGCAGACGACAAUGGCGAAGAUGAUGACGGAGAGGAGGAAGACGGCGAAGAUGAUGACGGCGAUGAAGACGCGGAGGGCGAAGAGGAGGAGGAAGAUGAUGAGGAUGGUGACCAUGACGAGGACGAUGAUGAUGAGGACGCCGAGGGAGAAUCGGAGGAGGACGUGGAGCCUCCCAAGAAGAAGAGAAAGUGAACGAGAUUUGGAUGAUGCAGUGUAUCUCGUAGUUUUCUUGGAAUGGAUGAGAAGUCUGGUUCGGUGCAAGAACGGAACGUUGCCGACGUGACGAGUUUAGCAAGAGGAACCGUCAACCCAGGUGUUAAGGAGUUUAGGAUCAGAGUGUGUGAUUGAUGAUGUGCACUUGAGUCUGGCGCUGCUCUUAUUUUUGGAUAAAAGCACCGACUUUGUUAUUUAUAGAAUCCACGUGGCUACUCCCGGGGCGGCUGCUAAUAAUACAUCACAUGUGCGCACAAUGUGAUCGGAGAGGUGAAUUAAAGGCAGCAGGAGGGAACACAAGAAAGGAGGAAGUUCGGCUGGAUACCAAGAUUGCCCGCCGAUGUCACAGGGUAAAGAUGAUCUUGGACGGUUAUGAGCAAUCAUCUUGACUAUCUGGGUAUUUACACUUGAGUUUCUGGGAGAAGUUCGCCAGAAGUAUAGUGUAGUAGUCUAUGUGCUUCGAGAAGCAUCUGUCCGUACCCAUUCUUGGUGGGGUCUUCCUUCAGCUUGGAGAUGGCAGGUGAUCUCGUCGUUCGCAUCCUGCUUUCCUAUGUAUUACCUAUGGCUAACGUAUGAGUUGCCAAAGCUAUGAUGCGAAGUCAUUAGAAGUAAUUGUCGGAGCAGGUCAAAUGUACGUGGAGCAUUUUAUGUCGAUGGACACAAUAUAUUGUUUCAUGAACUUCG